AUGAAUUCACAGCCCAAAACGGCCAUUGAAGCUCUCGCAUUGUGCAAUUCCAAUCUCUAUCCGACAAUUCACAGCCUGUUGUCAAUAUUGUGCACCAUGCCUGUUUCAGUAGCAACGGCAGAACGUUCAUUUUCUACCCUGAGGCGGUUAAAAACGUGGAUGCGCUCCAAAAUGAAUGAGGAAAGACUAACGGGAUUAGCCUUAAUGAACAUUCAUCGCGAUAUUGAAUUAGAUAUUGAAGACAUUAUAACAAGGUUUGGCCGAAAAAAAUGUAGAAAAAUGACAUUUGUCUUGUAA